CGCCGCUGGUCUACGGAGCUGACAGUGGUCGAGACAGGAGGUCUCCACUCCCCUCAGGGUACACCAGACAGUCAGAGCUCAAAGGGCAGUUUCGAACUACUCAGCAUGGAGGAGUGUCUCAAAGAGAGGCCACCUUCAACGACAGACGCUCCCAUCGAAGAAGCUCCCACAUCUCCGUCCUCAGGACCUCCAGAGCAACCUGAGGUCUACCCCAUCAGCCCUCAGUUCGCCAACCCUCCAGAGCCAGCAGUGCCUGAUGUCCCCUCCAGCAGUCCAGCGAAAGCAGAACCUGCCAGCCCACCUGCAGUAAUCCCCAAGGUGGACAACUACCUCCCAACGUUCUACGUCCCCCCUGCAGAUAGCAGCAAUUCUGCCGUCCUCAAACCUCAGACUCCAGGGAAGACCCUGAAGGAGAGAAGAGAGUCUUCCCGCAGGCCUGUGGUAGUAGUGAUCAGCAUGCAAAAGGAGACACUCAUAGAAGAACCUACUCUUCCUGAAUUUAAGGACAGCUCCGCCCAGACCAGUGAGCCCCCUAGUCCCUUGCAAGUGGAUGGCACUGAAAGCCAGCAGCCGGCGUCAGUUCUGGAGAGGCUUGAGAAGCUGAAUGAAGAGAAGGAGGAACGGCAGAAGCAUCAGCAGCAGCAGCAGGAGAGGGAGAUGAUGCAGCAGAUCCGGCAGCAGAAAGAGGUUCUGGAGCAGCAACGCAAGAAGAUUGCCCAGAUUGAGCGGGAGAUGUUUGAGAAGCAGCGAGAUGAGGCACAACAUAAGAUUGAGCAGAGCAGGCAAGGGGCACAAGUCCCGGAUUGGGACAGGAAGGAGUCCCUCAAGGGAAAACCAGAGAGGCCUGUCUCUCUGGAUGUUGGCCGAGUCCGAGCUCCAAAGGCUGAGCCAGAAAUUGUAACCCUUCCAGAGCCCACUGCACAAUUGCUUUCAGCAUCACAAAACCAGGGUAAAACUGUGGCCCAAUUCUCCACUGUAAGAGAACGGCCAAGGGAUCGAAGGACUAUGCCAGAAGGAUGGGCGCCUAAGCUUACCUUGGAAUCUCGAGAUAGUACUGGAGCAAGAACAAGGGCACAGAAGAAACCUGCUACUCAGAGUGUUAACAUCAACAUGACUGAGAAGAACAUCUUCUUCUCACCCAAAGAUAGGGUUUCCUUCUCCAAGUUUGACAAAGAUCCUGUCAGCCAGGAGAAGUCUGCAGCGAGUGUAAAGGAAACAUCUUCUGGCUUCAGAGCCAAAGGAGUGAAAGGACGAGAGGUUGCUAUACCCGGCCAUAGAAAGAAAGCCCGCAUGGCACGGACACGUUCUGAUUUCCUCACCCGUGGACCCACCCCGCAAGGGGAGGGUCAUUCAGAGGAAGACGAGUGUGAUGACCCCCCUCUCUCUCCCGGCCUGCCCCUCUCUGGCGAGCAGGAGGCAGAGGAGGGGGCCACAGCAACAGAGGCGAGUCACAGUGACUCAGAAAUGCCUUCCACAUGCCCUGAAGACCAAAAACGGUUGCAUAAAGUCAUGUCAGCUGGAGAUUUGGUUAAAGGGGAUUCUCUGAGGAAAAACUCAGGAGAUGGAAGGGUUCGAGGGAAGAUGCGAUUCUGGGGUAAGGCAAAGCAGGGGGAUAAGAAGUCCUCCAGAGAUCGGCUGGUGUGUGGUGCUGACUCGCUUGAAGGGGACUAUGCUGAUACUGGUCUUCUACUGGGAGGAGGAGAGUUCCUCUCCCCACCACGUAGUCCUGAUCAGACCCUGGAGCGGGGUCGGGAGUUCAAGGAGAACAAGGAACCAUCACCCAAGGUGAAGCGCAGACGCAGUGUAAAGAUAAGCAGUGUAGCUCUGGAAUCGGCUCAGUGGCAGAAUGACUCGGUGCAGAUCCUUACCUGUGCCAGCGACUACAAGACCAUGAAUGAGUUCCUCCAGAAGAAGAUCAAUGACCUUGACACUGAUGACAGCAAGAAGGACACUUUAGUGGAUGUUGUUUUCAAAAAGGCACUGAAGGAAUUCCGUUUGAAUAUCUUUAACUCCUACUCUACUGCCUUAGCCAUGGACGAUGGGAAGAGUAUCCGAUACAAGGACCUGUAUGCACUCUUUGAGCAGAUCCUGGAGAAGACCAUGCGCCAGGAGCAGAGAGACUGGAGCGAGUCUCCUGUCAAGGUGUGGGUGAACACUUUCAAAGUCUUCUUGGAUGAGUUCAUGACUGAAUACAAGCCACUGGACAGCACCUUAACCAAGGCACCAAAACCUGACCGCAAAAAGAGAAGGAAAAAGGACGCUGAUAUUGUGGAAGAGCACAAUGGGCACAUUUUUAAAUCCACCCAGUACAGCAUCCCCACCUACUGCGAGUACUGUUCCUCCCUCAUCUGGAUGAUGGAUCGGGCCUGUGUCUGCAAAAUGUGCCGGUAUGCCUGUCACAGGAAGUGUUGUGCCAAGAUGACAACCAAAUGCAGCAAGAAGUUCGACCCAGAGUUGUCUUCGAGGCAGUUUGGUGUUGAGGUGUCUCGAUUGACCAAUGACGAGCGAACUGUGCCCCUUGUGGUGGAGAAGCUCAUCAACUACAUAGAGAUGCACGGCCUCUACACAGAAGGCAUUUACAGGAAGUCGGGCUCCACCAAUAAGAUCAAGGAGCUGAAACUGGGGCUGGACACAGAUGUGAACAGCACAAACCUGGACGACUACAACAUCCACGUCAUCGCCAGCGUGUUCAAGCAGUGGCUGCGGGACCUGCCCAGUCCGCUCAUGACGUUUGAGCUGUAUGAGGAGUUCCUUCGAGCUAUGGGUUUGAAGGAUAAGAAAGAAACGAUCAGGGGGGUGUACGGUGUGAUAGAUCAGCUGAGCAGGACUCACCUCAACACACUGGAACGCCUCAUCUUCCACCUGGUCAGGAUUGUGCUGCAGGAAGACACCAACCGCAUGUCUGCCAAUGCACUGGCCAUUGUCUUUGCCCCCUGCAUCCUGCGCUGCCCAGACACCAUCGAUCCACUGCAGAGUGUGCAAGACAUUAGCAAAACCACAGCGUGUGUGGAGCUGAUCAUUGGGGAACAGAUGAAUAAGUACAAGGCUAGACUGAAGGACAUCAACAGCCUGGAGUUUGCGGAGAACAAAGCCAAAAAUAGGCUUACCCUCAUUAGAAGAUCAAUGGGGAAGGGCCGCGUGCGGCGGAUCAGCUACCAUACGCCCUCUCCGCCGGUGAGCCCGCGACUGGCCCCGGCGUCGGAGCCUGUGGAGGAGACUUGGGCCGAGGAGGUGCCCAGAGAACCCGAGAUCUCGGAGCAGCAGCAGGCGGCCAUGCAGCAGGAGGAGAGGGUCCUCACCGAGCAGAUCGAGAACUUGCAGAAAGAAAAGGAGGAGCUGACGUUUGAAAUUCUGGCCUUGGAGCCAAGAGCGUCGGAUGACGAGACCCUGGAGUCUGAGGCAUCUAUCGGAACCGCAGACAGCUCCGAGAACCUGAACGUGGACUCCGAGGGAGCCACCUCAGACUUCUCUGAGAGAGGCCCGCCUCAGGCAGCAGCCCGGCCAAGGAAACUGGAGGGCAAGAGCCGGCGCAUGCUGAGAAAGCAGCCUGACUCCCUGGACUCCAUGGACUCGGCCUCCACCGCAUCGUCCUCUGUCUCCUCCUCCUACCUGCACCCCCCCUCCUCCGCCUCUUCCUCGAGGACCCACCGCUUCCGCUUCCGCUCCAAGUCCCCCUCGGCAGCCCGGGGCCGCUCCAACAACGGCAACGACAGCGGCGGCAGCAUGGAGGCGCCCGAGCAGGACCCCCUUGAAGAGCGCGCUCAGUUCACCAGCCGCGGCACUUUCAACCCAGAGAAGGGCAGGCAAAAGUUGCAUGGCUCUAGGACCCUGCAGCAGCCUGCAGAGGGCAGUGGCCACCACAAGAGGGAGCCAGACCUGUCAUCACAACAACAACAACAGCAGCAGCAGCAGCAUCUAGUACUGUAUGGCAGCAAUGAGUUCAUGGUGUGAAGAUACCAUCGUGAGCCAGUCAUCGACUUCACAUGCGCAAAACACGCGAGGAGGACGCCCCCUGGCUCCAGCUCAUCCCUUUAUCCCUCCUCCACACACACACACACACACACACACACACACACACACACACACACACACACACACACACA